AACACGGCUUAAUAAUUCAAUUGCACGUGCAACCAAUUUGUGAACGGAAUAUUUAGGUUAAAACGCAAUACUCUUGGUUUAUUUAAAAUAAAGAUAUUGGAAAGAAUGGUUGUAUUUACUUGUAACAAUUGUGGUGAAACAUUACAAAAGUCAAAAGUUGCAAAGCAUUAUGAAUUUCAAUGCCAUACCGCGCCUUUUUUAUCAUGUGUCGACUGUUUCAAAGAUUUCCGAGGUGAGGAAUAUGUAGCACACACGAAAUGUAUAAGUGAAGCUGAAAGAUACGGAGGUAAAGACUAUGUUCCAAAACCUGGAGCAAAUAAGGGUGAGAAAAAACAACAAGAAUGGAUUACUAUAGUAAAUAGUAUAUUAAACAGUGAAGCAAACUUAUCAAAGGCAGAACACAGCUUUUUAAAUAUUUUAUCAAAGUAUGAAAACAUUCCACGUAAAAAAGCUAAAUUUUUAAACUUUGUAAAGAGUGCUAUGGGUCAAAGAACAAAUCCAGCAAUAAUUGACAGUGUGUGGAAUAAAAUGGAAACAGCUUAUAAAAAAAGUAUGCAAAAUAUUGAUACACAAAAUGAGAAUCAGCAUGGAAAUGGUAAAGUAGAUGAAAAUAUAGAUGAUGCAAAAAAUAUUAAUGUACUUCAAGAAAAUAAUGUAGUUGAAAAUCAAAAUAAUGAAAAUAUAUAUAGAGAAAAUCAACAUGAAGAUCAACCAAAUACAAGUAAAGUAAAUAGUGUAGAAAAUGAUAGUAAUAACGAUUUUAUCAAUAAUAUUAAGAAGAAAAAAUUAAAGAAACGAACCAUGUCAGAAAUAAUUCAAGAACCAGUAGAAGAACAUGUUGUUAAGAAAAAAAAUAAACAUGAAAAAAUUACAGAAAAUUCAGUUUCAAAGAAGAAAAAUAAAGACGUUCUUAAAGAAAAAAUAGUUCCUAUGAAAAAAAGUGAAGACACUUUACUUUCUGAGUCAUCAAUUAAUCAGUACAAUGGAACUGUAGAAAAAUUAACCUUCAAUUGGAGAGAUACUAUUUUAGAUAUAGUAAAAAAUAAAAGAGAAAUCUCUUUAAAAAAGUUACAAAAAAAAGUAAUUUCACGCUAUGUAAACUCUUGCUCAAAUACUAUAUUGGAGGAAAAAGCAUCUAGUAAAUUCAAUAAAAAAUUAAAAAAAAUGUCAGAAAUAAUUAUUUCUGAUGAGAAAGUAACCUUAGCUUAA